AUGUCGGGCAGCUCCGUGUCGAGCCUCGUCGGCUUCGACUUUGACAGUCUCCCACCCAUCCUCCAAGAGUACAUCCUCAACCAACCGGCCCGGCCGCCUCCACCCGGUGUCACGUCCAACUUUGUCGACCCGCCGAACAAGAACCGCACCGCCGGCGCCGUCGUCUUCCUCGGAAUCGCGUUGGUGACGAUAUGUGGCCUGUUGCGGGUAUAUACCCGCGGCUUCGUCACGCGGACUGUCAAGAUUGAGGAUUACUUGGGCCUAGCGGCGUUCGUCUUCUACGUUGGCCUGAUGUGGGGCAUUAUAUCGCUCAUGAUCAAGGUCGGCUUCUUCGUUGACCAGUACAAUGUCCAAGUGCGCACCUUUCUCUUUGCAGCCAAGGUCAGCUUCACCCCACGAUCCCCCAUCAUAAUUACCCCGUGCCAACUCGUCCAGGUCGUUUACGCCUAUCCGUCCAUCUACUCGGCCACCAUGCUGCUGGCCAAGAACGCCAUCUUGCUCGAGUGGGGCAACAUCUUCGUGCCGACGGGGACCCGCAACUGGUUCUUCUGGAGCACGCGCGUGCUCAUCGUAGCAAACACGCUCAUCUACCUCGCUGCCAUCUUGGCCGGCACGUUUCUCUGCAAGCCCGUGCGCAAGUCAUGGGACUUCUUCGUCCCCGGCACGUGCCUCGACCGCCAGUCGGUCCACGGCUCCGUCGUGUGCUUCAACCUCGCCAUCGACCUGUUCAUCCUCGUUCUACCCCAGAAGGUCAUCUGGUCGCUGAAGAUGACGCUACCCCGCAAGAUCGGCGUCUCGUUCAUCUUUUCUCUCGGGCUGAUGUAA